UGUCCUUUCAACAGUCAGCUGCUGAGAGCACAUUUCAUACGAGGGAGCGCAUGCUCGCUCUCUUUCACUCUCUCUCUCUCUCUCUCUCUCUCUCUCUCUCUCUCUCUCUCUCUCUCUCAUUCUGUGACAGUACUCUCCCUCUCACACACACAGGCGCAUUCUCACCCCACACACACAGCCAGUAAGCACCACAGAGAAGUCACACAGCAGCACGUUCCACUCCAAGCCGGAUUCUUCUCUGAGGAAGACAACUCAAAAAAGGACACACAGCUUUGAGGAUUUAUCUUGGCUUUCCCCCCCCCCCCCCCUUCCCCUUUUUUCAAAAAGAGAAAAAAAAGACGAGGAAAUUUGGACAAAGAAGGAGAGGGGGAGCGACAGUUUCGGUUUCUUCUUGGAAAUGGUCCACUUGACACCAUGACACCCAGUGUGGAUUCUCCCCUCCGCAGGCAAAAAUCCUGAGAAUGAUGGACGACAACAAGCAGUUGGCCCAGAGCAUCGACGGGGCUGUGCAGGCGGCCAGCCAGGAGGUGACCAACUUGCGCUCGGAGCUGAGCGCCACCAGCCGCAGACUGGCCGAGCUGGGGGCUGAGAGCCCCGGAUCGCUGGAGAACCACAAGCACAACCACCACGACUCCUCUCUCCACCAGAGGCAGAAGCCGCCUGCCACAGAUCUGUGCUACAAGACGGACAUCAGCAGCCUGAUGGACUUCACCUCUCCAGACUCCUCUCUGGACAAAGUUCUCCUGAGCGAGGAGGUGGCCCAGCUGCAGGAAGAGGUGCACCUGUUGCGCCAGAUGAAGGUCAUGCUGAGCAAGGACCUGGAGGAGAGCCAGGGAGGCUGCUCGGCCGACGUGCUCUCUGCUACAGAGCUCCGCGUUCAGCUGGCCCAGAAGGAACAGGAGCUGGACCGCGCCAAGGAGGCGCUGCAGGCGAUGAAGGCGGACCGCAAGCGUCUAAAGGUGGAGAAGGCCGACCUGGUGAACCAGAUGCAGCAGCUGUAUGCCACGCUGGAGAGCAGAGAGGAGCAGCUACGAGACUUCAUACGCAACUACGAACAGCACAGAAAAGAGAGCGAGGAUGUGGUGAAGGCCCUCGCCAAGGAGAAGGACCAGCUGGAGAGGGAGAAGUGGGACCUGAGGAGGCAAAGCAAGGAGGCCUCAGAGAACGCCAGCGCUCUGCACUCCCAGCUGGACCUGAAGGAGAACAGGAUCAAGGAGCUGGAGGCCGAGCUGGCCAUGGCCAAACAGUCAUUAGCAACCCUGACCAAGGACGUGCCCAAACGCCACUCUCUAGCCAUGCCCACGGAAACCGUUGUCAACGGCAACAACCAGGAGUGGGUGAUGCAAGCAGACCUGCCCCUCACGGCGGCCAUCAGACAGAGUCAACAGACUCUGUACCACGUCCACACCGGACACCCCACAGACCGGCAGGUGGCGGCUGUGCGUUUGAGCCCGUGUCACUCCCGCCAGCCCUCCAUCAUCUCGGACGCGUCGGCCAUGGAGGCCGACCGCUCCUCCACGCCCAGCGACAUCAACUCCCCCCGCCACCGGACACACUCCCUCUGCAAUUCUCUAGAAGAUCUAGAGGACCAGAAACGUAAGAAGAAGAAAGAGAAAAUGGGACUGGGCUCUCUGUCACGAGUCUUUGCCAGAGGCAAGCAGCGCAAGUCCCUGGACCCUGGCCUGUUUGAUGGUACAUCCACCCCCGAUUAUUACAUAGAGGAGGAUGCUGACUGGUAGAGCAAGGUGUUGAGACAAACCUAAAGCAGUGUCCCCAAGCGGAGGAGAGGGUUUAGUUUUAUUGCACGCAUGCGUUCGAAUGUAGCUGUGUGUGUGUGUGUGUGUGCGCGCGUGCGUAUGUUUGUGUGCGCCUGUGUGUGUACAUGAGUAAACAAGUGUGUGAGUUUUAGUUUUUUCCAUGGCCGGAGGUCAUGUUAGAAGCCUGAAGUGCGUCUUGCUUCGCUCAAGUGUAAACAGUACAAGCAAACUGCAUCUGUAUGUCUCUGUACAGUUCUGUAAAUAGUGUUGACCGUGCACAUGGCAUUGGUUCCUUAAGCGUGGAUAUUUUCACUGUAUCUGCCGAGCGAAAAAAGCUCUGUUAUUAAUUAUUUUAAUUGUCUUUAUAUAUUUUUUUUUUUUGUUUUCAUUUUUUUCUUCAAUAACUGGAAACUUGAAGGACUGCUGUACUUGUAAAUAACAGUCAGUGUGCACUUUGUGCUUGUAAAUGUCUAUAUGUCCCGAAUGCUUCUCGCAUUUUGCCAUUUUUUACCCAUCAUCCCCUUUGUUUUCUUUAACUUAAACUCCCCUGUUCAUUGUCCUGUGCUUGGUCUAUUCCUUACCUGCCAUCCAUUUCGAAAAGGUUUUCCUGUAGGCAAUGUGCAGACUUCUCACCUCAAUCUGGUAUCAAUAUAAAACAACCUAUCUUUAACUUCAAAACACGUCCAAUCCACCUCCAAAAUCUGUAAAUCCCAGCAAGAGAAAUUAGGAUUCCUAAAUUGUCAGAACACUAAUAUUUUACUUUCAACCUAAACUUCAGAACUCUUUUAAACUUAUUUAGCUUUGUUUACAACUGUUGCCAGUUUAGGAUAGAUCCAUACAGGUGAGCAAAGCCAUUCCUAACAGGAAAAGAGCUGUGGAAACUGACCCAGGGGUCCCCGGGCGCAGCAUGUCUGGAAGGCCAUGCAUGCCGUUACCCCACCCCCUCUGCAUGAUGACUAUGGGAUCGACCUUUGACCUCUAGAAUUUCCUGGCAGAAUUUCAUUAAUGAGAAGACAUGUCCUCCUGCAGUAUUAAUCAUCCAUAAGAUGGAGAGGGAUUGUUUAUAUAGAGGGGCUUGGCUUGAUUUAUCAAACAGUAUUCAAGAGGAGUGGAGGCAGGUCAGGUAAUAUAAUUGUGAAAGUGAAACAUUUCAUUCAUUUCCUGAAGGACCCGUUUCGAAAUUGCGUGGGUUCCUGGAAGGUCAGAGAGAUUAAGUCUGGUGAUUUCAACAGCUUUCAAAGACCACACUGGCUUCACAGUUAUAAUCCUGUUUUAAUUACUUGGAUAAGCAGCUCUAAGAAGGAAAUCAAGAAUAAUUUAUGCCAAACUUUUUAAACAAAAUCAGAAAUUAUCCAAGCGUCACAUGAAAGUGAUAUCUUUCUUCUGCAGUGUCGUUUAGCUCCAAGUGAAGACGCUAGUCUUCGUACAAACCAACUGUCAGAGUUGCGUUUCCUUAGUGCACGUGCGCACUCCGGCGCAUUCUGUGUCGAGUCGUACUCCUAUCCUUUCCAAAUAUUAAUUAUUCAGCUCCUAAUUUUUGUGUUUGAAUGUGGCACACAGACCUUUGCUAUUAGGGCGAUUGACAGUAGGCCUCAGCUUAUAUUACGAGUUAGCAUUUACAUUUAGUCAUUUUUACAUUUAGCAGACGCUCUUAAUCCAGAGCGAUUUACAGUAAGCACAGGGACAUUUCCCCGAGGCAAGUAAUGUGAAGUGCCUUGCCCAAGGACACAACGUCAUUUUGCAUGGCCGGCAAUAGAACCGGCAACCUUCUGAUUAAUAGCCCGAUUCCCUAACCGCUCAGCCAUCUGACUCCUACUAGCAUGGCCAUGAGGGAGGGAGGUUUAAGGAGGGAGAAGUCAUUCUGAUGAACAGCUUGCUGGUUUGCCCUGGGGGUUAAAUCCAGAUUUAGCAAGGCUAAUCAAACUGAAACAAACGCACACCUUAUCCCCUGACCUCGAUGUCAAACCCAAAAUCAGGAAAUCAGAAUUUAGGUUCAAGCAGUCGCUGAAAUAAAUGCAAUUAACGAGGGGCCAAAGGUUAAUAGUGUUUUUCCAGGAGAAAAAUAUCUACUUGGAUAACGUUUUUUUCUGUAUCGCCAUAGCCUUAUUGUAGUCUGCCUUGCCUCACAGGAAAUCGUUUUCCAUUACCCUGACACUGAACUAACGUUGGUUAAUUGUUCAUCUGUUGUUAAUCUUACCUAAAGCCGUGUUAAGAGUCACAGGAGCACAAAUUCAAUUGGAAACCAUAAUGCUGCUUUUCAAAGGGUCCUCCCCAAAAGCAGAGAGGGUGUAGAUUGGGUAGAAACAUCAGCAUAGAGACCCCUGCAUAGCACUAGAUAGCUCAUCCUUACAUGGCAAGUCGCUCUCAGUUGAUGUCAACAACCAAUGGCUGAUUUGUCACUGUAUUCUUGCCUCUUACAGCCUGUUGUGGUGCCUGAAUAAGAUGAAGCUGACAUAUUAUACUGUAAGCAGAGUGCUUUUGUGAGUUUUGAAAAUGCCAACUCAACUUUUUUUAUUCAGGGGUCUCACCCCAACUCGCUACAGGAAUAUUUAUUGAUCCUGUCUUGCUGAAAUAUUUCUUAUCAGUCUAUCAUCCAUCAUUUUAUGUUGCAAAAAAGAUCCCCUUCAUAUCUGCAAAUAUUUUUGCUUUUUGUAAAUGAGGUAACACUAUUGAAAUUUUAAUUAUUAUUGAAGAGUUUUAUUUAAAGUAAAAAGAACUGUUCUCCAUGGAGACUCUUUGAGGUUUAGAUUUGUGUAGAAGUGACAGAUAGAAAAUACAUUCUAAAGGCAUGGCAAAAUAUGCUAAAGCUAAAUGAGAGAAAAAAAAGAAAAGAUUAUUUUAAAAUAAAAUAAUUAACAAAGAA